AUGGACCUCAGGGCUGCUGCGCAGUUCCCGGCAUUCGAGCUCUUUCUUCUCUCUGACGAUGAGAAGAAGAUCGAGGAGAAGCCGUACGCGGGCAUGUCCAACACGUCCGACUUUGUGAUCAAGAAGGAGGACCACACCGUCGGCAACCUCAUCUCCGAGCACCUCAAGAUGCACCAGCACGUCCUGAUGGCCGGCUACAAGAUCCCCCAUCCCAACGUGUCCGAGAUGUUCAUCCGCGUCCAGACAGACGGCACGAUCACUCCGAAAGACGCCGUGACGGAGGUCAUCAAGGACCUCAUGAAGGACUUUUCCCACCUCGCGCAGGAGUUUAUCCGCGAGUACGAGCUGCGCCGCGUCGUCGAGGCGCGCCAGCACGAUCAGACGAACGGACAGUAG